CUGCGUGCUGUCUGCUAUUGUUUUUGGAUGCAUGUUUGGGGCUGUCAAAAAAUAAUGUCAACUAUCGUAUUGAUUUUACACUGUUGUUAAAUUUUUACUGGAAUGCUACACUAUUGAAAUGCAUAAUAAUGCAGGCGGAAGAUGCUCGUUUCAUCAAAAGGCGUGUUCGCUCUGGAACCAUAGAUGUACACCCCUUGGAAACGGCAUUGAUUGUCAACUAUGAGGUGGAAGCGGUCAUUCUUGGCGAGCAUGGCCAGCAGCUACUCAGUGAGAAAAAGGACUGCCAGAAAAUCAUUCGCCUGAAGCGGCUGGACGCGAACACAGACUGCAGUGCACUGGCCAAGGAUGUGUGCGACAAGUGCACUCUGAUUCACAAGUCCAAACAGGCCGAAGUCGAACAUCUCAUCUAUUACCUUCGCAGUCGCAAGGAAAAUGCUUUUGCUGAGAGUAUGGAGAGCCCGAGGCCGUAUUCAGGCUGCGAGAGUCCGUCUCCGGGGGGGCAGACGACCGCUGAGGGCAAGGCGGCGGCGUCGGCCUCGUUCGCCCAGCUCGAGGACUACCUGGAGCUGCUCUACGAAGACCUGCCCGACAAGGUCCGAGGGUCGGCGCUCAUUCUUCAACUGGCCCAAGAUUCCAAUAAUCUCAAUGAGUUGGCCAAGCGAGAAUCAGUACUGAGUGCAUUAUCGCGAGUUCUGCGUGAAGACUGGAAGAAAAGCAUUGAGCUCAGCACAAAUAUUGUUCAUACUUUCUUCUGUUUCUCAAUCUACAGCACAUUCCAUCCCAUUAUCCGCCGUUAUAAGGUUGGCUCACUCAUUUUGGAAAUAGUGAAAUUCGAAUUGGAGCGCUACACGAAACUGAAAGGGGAGGUGGAGGCGUUGGCAAAGAGUGGUGGGGGCGGGAGCUCGGAGGCGGUGACAGGCAUUCCGAUAUCUAGACUGCCCCUGCCGCGCAGUCGCAGUCGACCACAGACCUCUGCCGCCCCCCUGCGCCCCCACCGCAAUACUACCCCCUCCCCAUCACCAGCCCCGCCAGCCAUCGACAAGAAGCGCAUCUCAAACAUUCCCACACCGCGCACAGUGGUGAGGCCUCUGACGACAGGUGGCAACAGCAAUGUGGCGACCGCAGCUCAGCUGCAGCCCACACCUCCAUCCACGCUCAAUGCUAAGACGCCCGAAUCAGACGAUGACUCGGCCAUCACCGCCAGGAAGCUGUUCGCCCUCGCCAAGAAGCAGGACCGCUUAUUGAAAGUGAGCUUGGACUUCCUGCUGAACAUGGCCAACGAGCUGUCGGUGCAGGACAAAAUUAGGCGCAAGAAGGUGGUUCGCCUGCUCGUGCAAGCUCUCGACAGAACUACUCCCGAACUGCUAGUCGUUGUACUCACAUUCCUACAGAAACUAUCGAUUUUCAGAGAAAACAAAGAUGAAAUGGCAAGCUUGAACGUUAUCGAUAAACUUCCAAAGCUGCUGCAAAUGAAAGAGCCAAACAUCGAGUCGGUCACUUUGAAUCUGCUCUUCAAUUUGUCGUUUGACACGAAACUCAGAGAGAAAAUGGUGCGAGUUGGAUUUAUUCCGAAGCUAGUCAGCCUGCUAGGCAAUGAAAACUACCGGGAAAUAGUUUUAAAACUACUCUAUCAUCUUAGCAUGGAUGACAGAGUCAAAGCCAUGUUUACCUACACAGAUUGCAUACCGAAGGUGAUGCGUCAUGUGCUAGAAUGGGAUAGUGAUCAUCGAGAAUACCUGCUGCCCAUAUCACUGUGCAUCAACUUGGCUCACCAUCAGCGCUGUGCCGAGAUCAUGGUUGGCGCCAACGGCGAAUGCCUCCAAGAGCUCAUGGUUCGUGCCUUCCACUCCACCAACGAGUUCCUCUUAAAGAUUGCUAGGAAUAUAUCCAUGCAUCCUAGCACAAAACAUUUCUUUGUGUGUAAUUUCAAAUGUUCUCUAGAACUAGCAAUUCCAUUUCAAUCGUUUGUAUGUAAAAUUAACCCUUUUACUAUCUAUGAAUUAAUGUUGAAGGUGAUGCGUCAUGUGCUAGAAUGGGAUAGUGAUCAUCGAGAAUACCUGCUGCCCAUAUCACUGUGCAUCAACUUGGCUCACCAUCAGCGCUGUGCCGAGAUCAUGGUUGGCGCCAACGGCGAAUGCCUCCAAGAGCUCAUGGUUCGUGCCUUCCACUCCACCAACGAGUUCCUCUUAAAGAUUGCUAGGAAUAUAUCCAUGCAUCCUAGCACAAAACAUUUCUUUGUGGACUUCAUUGGUGAUCUCGCAGCAGCUUUGACGUGUUGUCAAAACAGUGAUUGGUUCGGUUCGCAGAAGUAUUUUCUGUUCGAAUGCAUCGGAAUACUUGGAAAUCUUACCUUGCCUGACAUUAACUAUUGCCAGCUUCUAAAUGAGUAUAACCUCAUUCCUUGGAUCAAAAGCAAUCUUGUCACAGGCAAAGCUAAAGCAGAUAUAGUUCUGGAAGUGGUUAUAUUUGUUGGAACGGCCGCUGGAGAUGAGGCAUGCUCAUCUCUUCUAUGCAAGGCAGACAUCCUCCUCUCUCUAGUAGAAUUGCUUAAAGCCAAUCAGGAAGAUGAUGAAAUGGUGCUACAAAUAAUUUACGUAUUCUACCAAAUUGCUAGACAUCCUUCUACUAGAGAGUAUCUAAUUAGAGAAACUGAUGUUCCAGCUUAUUUAACAGACUUGAUGCAUGACAAAAAUGAGCAUAUACGUAAAGUGUGCGAUUCUUGCUUGGAAAUCAUCAAAGAGAGUAGUGAAGACUGGGCGGAGCGGAUAAAGAUGGAGAAGUUCGAGUGGCACAACUCGCAUUGGUUGUCAAUGGUGGAUGCAGCCGAAGGCACUGAGAACAAAGCCAUGGAGACGAGCGACUUCAACGACGCCAUGCCACGAUAUAAUCUAUUCCAACAGUCACUCUUAUUCCAAGGCGAUUCUCAAGUUUCCCUGAAUACUGGAGAUGACAUAGAGAUUGUAUCAAAUAAUGCACACUCAGAUGAUGGUAGUCGACCAGUUAGUAGGUAUGAAAGCGAAACUGAGGACUUCAUUGAGAGUAACAAUAAUAAGAUGAAGGAAAAAGAAUUGAAGUGUGGUGAACGAACAAAGGAGAUGGUGAGAGAUGCUCUCAGGAACCUUGUCAUAUCCGAAGAUUCCAACGAUGACCCCCAGUUUUUUCACAUGGACUCUGUUAUUGAUUAACGCAACAAAAAUGCAUUCAAGCUGGCUAGUCCUGUGCAUUACCAUUCUCAUAUUAUAAUAACAAUAAUUCAUGAUUUUAUUUUGAAUGAAAUUUUUAUUUUGUAUUGAAAGUUGGUCUAUUUUUAUUUUCUGUUUAUAAAUAAUAGCGUAGACUGUAUAAUUUUAAUUUUGAAUUCAAUUAAAAGUAUAAUUUUUUAUUGUUAAAGUUUGUAUCAAAGAUAUGAUUAGUACAUAAAGCAACUUCAUAUGGCAAUUUAUCACAUAUUGAUCAAUGAUUCCUUUCUUCAAAGCUAUAGAACAAGCACAUUCAUUUUCCUCUUGUGGAAUUAUUUAUUUAUUCAUUUUGAGUUACCAGAACAUUCCAUUUUUCAUCAAUAUUUUAGACAAUACAGUAAUUUUAUUUAUAUUUUAGUAAGUUUCAAUAAAGUAACUAAAUAACGUGUUGGAUGCUUUUAGAAGUGUCUUGAAGAUUAUGUUUUGUAUGCUAUGCUUGGAGAAUAAAAUUAAUGUCUUAGCAAAA